CCCGGCACCUCCCGGCUCGGCUCGGCUCGGCUCCUCUCGGUUUGGCUCAGUUACAUUCAGCUCCUCCCGGCUCCUCUGGGCUCGAUUCGGCUCCUGUCAGCUCGGUUCAGCUCGGCUUGGUUCCGCUCGGUUCGGCUCAGCUCGUUUCCGCUCAGUUCCUCUCGGCUCCUCCCGUCUCGUGAGAAGAAAAAUGACCUAAGCACCAUCCAGCCUUUGUGGCCAAGGACAGGAGCAAGGGUAGGGCUGCUGGGAGGAUGGCUUUGCCUGGAAGCUUAAGGAGGCAGCCUGCAAACAGAGGCCUUGUGUCUCAUUGCACCCACCAUCACAUUGUUGUCUUCCUGCUGACCUUCUUCAGUUAUUCCCUGCUCCAUGCUUCCAGAAAAACAUUCAGUAAUGUCAAAGUCAGCAUUUCCAGCCAGUGGACUCCCUCCUGCCUAAACAGCACGGCCCCUGAGCUCCAGCCGUAUGAGCUCUGGAACAGCAGCCAUUUAUUCCCAAAUGCAGAAGAAGCAACUCUCUUCUUGGGGACGUUGGACACUAUCUUUUUGAUUUCCUAUGCUGUGGGUCUGUUUGUCAGCGGCAUAAUUGGAGAUCGCCUGAAUUUACGUUGGGUUUUGUCUUUUGGCAUGUGUUCUUCUGCUCUGGUGGUAUUCUUCUUUGGCACACUGACAGAAUGGUUGCAUUUCUACAACAAGUGGUUCUACUGCUGUCUCUGGGUUGUGAAUGGCUUGCUGCAGUCCACUGGUUGGCCCUGUGUGGUUGCUGUCAUGGGCAAUUGGUUUGGAAAAGCUGGGAGAGGUUUUGUGUUUGGACUCUGGAGUGCCUGUGCAUCUGUGGGAAAUAUCCUUGGGGCGUUCCUGGCUUCCUGUGUUCUCAAAUAUGGCUAUGAGUAUGCUUUCUUGGUGACUGCCUCAGUACAGUUUGCUGGAGGAGUCAUUGUCUUCUUUGGGCUCCUGACGUCACCGAAGGAAGUGGGCCUCCCUGAGCUUGGAGCAGAUGCAGAUGGCAGCGUGGAGGAAGAUGCCAACAGACCUUUAAUGGGCGAUGAUGAUGCAGAUGAUGAUGACCGGAAUUACUCUAUUCAAGCAGCUGACACUGACAGCCAGCCAAAGGCCAUCGGCUUUUUCCAGGCUUGUUGCCUUCCAGGUGUAGUACUGUACUCUUUAGCCUAUGCCUGCUUGAAACUGGUGAAUUACUCCUUCUUCUUCUGGCUGCCUUUUUACCUCAGCAACAACUUUGGGUGGAAAGAAGCAGAAGCUGACCAGCUCUCGAUCUGGUAUGAUGUGGGAGGCAUCAUAGGUGGGACUAUCCAGGGCUUGAUCUCUGAUGUGCUGCAGAAGAGAGCCCCAGUGCUAGCAAUUAGCCUGCUCUUUGCUGUAGGCUCUCUUUUUGGAUACAGCCGUUCUCCAAACAGCAAACCCAUCAAUGCUCUGAUCAUGGCAAUUACAGGGUUUUUCAUCGGAGGCCCUUCUAACAUGAUCAGUUCUGCAAUUUCUGCUGACCUGGGGCGUCAGGAUCUGGUGAAAGGCAGCAGCGAGGCACUGGCAACAGUCACGGGAAUUGUGGAUGGAACUGGCAGUAUUGGUGCUGCAGUGGGCCAGUAUCUAGUGUCUUUGAUCCAGGAGAAUCUGGGAUGGAUGUGGGUUUUCUAUUUCUUUAUUCUAAUGGUAAGAAAUCUCCUUUGUUUAAAAUUCUGUGUCAAAGUUCAGUUUGCAAUAGAAAGGUUUUGUCAGAGCCUGAAUAUCGUGACUUAGACAUACAAUGUAUUUCUGCAGCCACUGCGAACUCUGAUGCCAUUCUCAGUGGUCUGUGGUGUGCCUUUGCCUCAGGGUAUCUAAAUUAACUGGAUUCAUUUUGGAUCCUUUAAAGUCAUGUUGGCCAACAGGAACUGAAAUUGUGGCAGAAGCACAAAAUUACUUGCCUUAAAAUAUCUGUAUGAGUUUCCUAAAACUCAGACCACUUUGCUUAUUUCCAAGGCAGAUCUUUUUCCUCCUUCAUCUCGAUGAUACGUAGUUUCUAAUGUUGGCUGGAAGCUGAAGUUAAGCUGCUCGCUUGUUAGCCCAUGAAGAUUAGUGGAAGGAGUGAUGAGGAUCUUGUACACAAGGCCAAGGCAUUCUCAUUUUAGUUUGAACUGGGGAGACAACCAUUCAAGCCCAGUUCUCCUUAACAUUGACGCAGUCAUGAAUGGUGUACAAUUCACCCGUUUUUCCCCACUGGAAGUGUCAGGAAUUGUCUUCACAUCUGUGCUGACGAGAGAAAAGAUCACUUUGGUAGGCAGCAGAGGUGGCCAGGAGGAAGGCCAUUGAGGGGGUGAAGAGCUAGUCUUCUUUAUUUAUCUUUAUUUAUCAUCCAGAGGGACCUUGACAGGCUUGAGAAUUGUGCCUGUGUGAACCUCAUGAAGUUCAGCAAGGCCAAGUGCAAGGUCCUGCACCUGGGUCAGGGCAAUCUCAAGCCCAAUCGCAGUCUGAGUGUAGAAUGAAUUGAGAAUGUCCCCUAAGAGAAGGACUUGGGGGUGUUGGUGGGUGAGAAGCUCAACAUGAGACUCCAAAACGAGUCUUAGUGAGUUUAUUUGCUGGCAUUUUCAGUAUUACUUGCUUCUUGGAGGUGAUGGUGGAUGAGAAGGUCAAUGUGAGCCAACAAGGUGUGCUUGCAGCCCAGAAAGCAUGUCCUGGGCUACAUCAAUACAAGUGGGGCCAGCAGGUCGAGGGAGGUGAUUCUCCCCUUCUACUCUGCUCUGGUGAGACCUCACCUGCAGUUCUGAAGUCCUCAGUAGACGAAGGACAUAGAUCUGUUAGAGCAAGUCCAGAGGAGGACUACGAAGAUGGUCAGAGGGCUGGAGACAGGCUGGGAGAGGUUGUCCAGCCUGGAGAAGAGAAGGCUCUGAGGAGACCUUAUAGCAACCUUCCAGUACCUGAAGGGGGCCUACAGGAAACCUGGGGAGGGGCUCUGUAUCAGGGCGUGCAGGGGUAGGAUGAGAGGGGUAAAGAUUUUAAGCAGGAAGAGGGGAGAUUUAAAUUGGACAUUAGGAGGAAAUUAUUUCCUCUGAGGGCGAUGAGGCACUGGCAUGGGUUGCCCAGAGAGGUUGUGGCUGCCCCAUCCCUGGAGGUGUUCAAGACUACGUUGGAUGAGGCUUUGAGCAACUUGGUUUAGUGGAAGGUGUCCUUGCCUAUAGCAGGGAGGUAUAGGAACCGAAUGAUCUUUAAGGUCCCUUCCAACCCAAACCAUUCUAUGAUUUAUGAUAGAAAAGAUCAUGACAGCUGAAAUCGUAUGAACUUUCCUGCAAGCUCAGUCCUUCUAUCUGCUGUGGCACUUUGUCAUCGCUUCUCUUAGCCUAUAUCUUUCUAGGGAGGCCUUGAAGGCACGUGGGAGUGUGAGACGGCUGCAGCUAUGGUUGCUCUGUGCUAAUUGUCUUGGAUCUACUUCUUUUCACAGACAAGUUCAACAGUCCUGUUCAUUUCACCAUUAAUAGUGAGGGAGAUCAGGUUGCUUCUGCACGAGCGAAGCCUGCGAUUGCUGGCUGAGUGACCGCUGCUUGCCUCUGGAAGGACUGUUGUACAGACCUGACAGCUGGAAACACUAAUCAAAAUACCAUGAGACUUGUUUCGUAUAUCCUCCGGGUUCAGACUAAUUCAAAAUGACUCUGCAAGGCUUGAUCGACCUACCUUUGCGAGAUCGAUAAUGAAGUACCAAAUACCCAUCCUGAGACCCACC